AUGAGGAAUAUUGCCUAUACAUCAAAGAAAAUGUUUGAUACGUCUACAGUACCAAAACCGAAAAUAUUUAAAGAUAUUGAAAGAAUCAACAGCUACUUGAAAAAGGCCGAAAUAUGCCAGAAAUUCAUCAAAGCUGUCGAAGAAAAUACCUCAAAGUAAGCUACCCUUGCCUGUCCUUGCCUUGUCUUGCCUUGCCUUGCCUUGCCUUGAUUUUUAUUUUAAAUAUUAUAAAUAUUACCCACUUCAGGCACUUAUCCAAGGCUUCAAAACCAACCGUCUACCAAGACCAGCCAUCUUCCAAUCCUUUUUCGUUUGAAAACAUUGUUAACACAUUUGCCAAAGAUAAUGUGUUUCAACGCCUUUCUAUACUCUCACCACAACUAUUUUCAUUAUUUCCACAAGAAAAGUCGGCUGAACCUAAACUACUGUCACCUGAAAUGCUGAGUUUCCAUUCAGGUGGCUUCUUCAGCUUCCCUUCAAUUUUUGAAGUAAGUUUAACAUAUGUUCAUUUAGGGAAAGAAAGUUAGAGUUUACGUGUAAAAUACGCGCUGAUUGAUAGCUUCUAUACAACAGAAUUUUUUCAGAAACUAAAGCUCAACCAAUCAGAAAUGUACCAUUGGAUGGAGCUCCUAAUGACUCUUACUGGAGCUACCAAGAAAAUUGAAGACAUAUUAAACAAGAACAAAGAACACAUUGAUUAUAUUGAGAAAGUGGCUUAUCCAAAAAUUGUUGAGCUACAAAAACGCCAAAAAAUUUGGGAAAAAAUUGAAAAAAGUUACAGUAGGAGGCAAGAACGAGAGUUGGAAGAGCAUGGCUACACUUUUUUAACUGAGCAGCAAAUGAAUUUGUUUAAAGGUGGAAGGAAGUGUCAAAAAGGAUGUUAUGAUAAUGAAGAUGAGCAUGAAAAUCACAAUGCUGAUCAGUAUGAUAGUGAAGAUCGUAUGAAAAGUCAGGAUUAUGAUGAAGAUCAAAGUGAUAAACUAAGGCACAAGUUUGAUGGUAUAAAUGAUCAACAAGGGCUUACAUAUCAGUAUCUUACAGACGAUUACAAACCUGAAAGUCAUAUAUACCGAUAUAAUCAUCAUAAACUCAGAGGUAGUCGUUUACUCUACAGAAAGCAAAGAAGAGGUCGAUAUUUAUUUCAUGAAGAGGAUUUUAAAGACAAAGAGCUACUGUUAGAACAAAAAAUAAGAGAUAUAGCAACCUUUGGAGACACCAUAUCUUAUGAAAACAGUUUUGUUGUAGAACGACCAGCUAGCGCAAGCUCAGAAAGCUCAGAAGAUAACCAAGAAAAGGCUGAAAAUAGUCAAGAUGAAGCUAAAAAGGCUCAAAAAACAGCUCACAGUCAACAUUAUCAUAAAGAUUUAGACAAUCCAGAUGACAAGUUUUACAAAAAUAAUUAUGACUUUAAUGAAAAUGAUGACGAACUUUAUAGAAAAGCCAAAAAUAAUGAUAAAGAAGACUAUUCCAGAGCAAAAAGAGAGAUUGAAAUUUUAAAACGUCACCAUUACAGUUUUAAAAUUACAAAUUUGUUGGAAGAACAGACCGAAGUACCAGAGAUUAUUACUCUUGAUCCAUGGGCAUUUGGGACACGUUUUGGUGGAGUCGUGCUGGAAGGCAUAAUACUAUCGCCAGCUGCUUUUUUAUUCGAAAUUGAAUCGCCUUCUGCUUUGACUGUGAGUUGGAAAAAUUUUUUUUAAUUUUUGAUUUUGUAACAGUUUUUUUGUAAAAUGUGUCAUGAUGACACAAUUUGAAAAAAAGUCAUUGUGACACAUUUUUUUAAAUUUUUUUAAACUUAUUCUUUUAUAAAAUGUGUAACGUUGACACAAAUUUAUGUAAAAACGUCAUCUUGCCACACUUUUUGAAAAAUUUUGCGCCUUUAACAUUUUUUUUAUAAAAUGUGUCAUGAUGACACAAAUUUUAGAAAAAGUGUCAUUGUAACGCAUUUUUAAAAACCAAAAAAAAUUAAACUGUAAUUUGUCCUAGCGUUAGCUCUAGCAUUAGCUUUAUUCCAUUGAGGAGACUAAAGAAUGAUAAUAUUUUAGUUCGAAGCCCUCUCACCAACAGUAUUCUUUGCAUCAGUAUUGUCACCAUUAGUGCUAUUUUCUCGUGUUUUGUCACCAUCAGCAUUUCGAGCUGAAGUUCUCGAUCCACAAGCCUUUAGCUCUUACAUAUUGUCACCUGAAACAUUACUGGCGGAAGUGUUAUCACCCCGAUUUAUGGAUCUACGUAUUGGCAGUGGAAGAGCGCUUACUGUGGAAGUGCUAACUCCUUGUACGCUUGAUAACGAUGGAUUUUGA